AUGGCAUCCGUGCAACCACCAAACCCAUUACCGCCUGAUCAAAACGUCGGUCCAAUCCUCCUCGGAAUAUCAGGAACAUGUCUCGCCCUGGUGAUCAUCACCACUAGCGUCCGGAUCUGGGUCCGCACAGCCCUACGAUCGUCGGGCUGGGACGACUACACCAUCGUCAUCGUGACGCUCCUCGGCAUCGCGCGGUACGGCGUGCAGGUUGGACAGGUCAGUAUUGGGAACGGACGACACCGAUGGUACAUUGAGCCGGAGGAUUAUGUGCAGAAUAAUAAGUUGGGAUGGGUAGCGCAGAUUUUGCUGUUUGCGAGUAUUUGUCUGCUCAAGAUUUCGAUAUUGUUGCUGUUGUUGAGGAUUAAGGACUCGAGGAGGGUUAGACCUGUCAGUGCGUAUUGGACUGGCGUUGGGGAGUGUUGGAAUCCGAGGAUUCGAAUCUAUUACAUUUACGCUACGAUCGGUAUGUAUUUCGAGUCAAUCUGGUCGAACCUCGAACUCUACCUUGGCAUCGUCGGCGCCAACCUCGCCCUCAGCCGCUCGAUUUUCGCAUACUUCUUCCGCGAGGGCGGAACGACAAAGGGAUGCUCUGUCUACAAUUCAGCCGACCGCUCCCUCGUCGCAGACGACAUCCAGAUCGCCGGCCCCGAAGACGCUGACGCCGCAGUCGACGCCGCCGAAAGGGCUUUCACCGCCUAG